AUGGCAGCAAGGAGGCACGCGCCCCGCCUCGACCCCCGUGACGCUGCCGCACCAGUCAGCCAGGACGUUGAGGCAGGCUCCUCUGCUGACCUUCGCGGAGCUUACUACUCUCUUCCAUCCUCUCCCGUCAACAGCAGACGCCCAGCACCCCCGUCAAAUGAAAGCAGCAGUAGGACCAGACUCGGCAACAUGAGCCAGAGCCACAGCCACAGCCGGAGCCGGAGACCCUCCAACCCAGACGCCCCAGACGAGCGGUCGCCGCUCUUGACCGUGUCGUCUCGCUCACGGAUCCGCAACCAAAGCGCUCAUGGCUCGCCCCGGGCUCCACUCCUUUCGAGGAACCAGAGCUAUGUCGAUAGCAUCAGAAGUUUCCGCCACCACAACCGCGCCAACUCAUGGGGCCAGCGUCUGAUCCACGCCCUCGCCGACCGCCAGGACUCGUCCAUGGCCGAGUCCAAGGGCUCCAUCUUCCCCGACGACCGCGUGUGGUACGAUCAGUUCACGUCGACCGACUGGGUCCACGACGGUAUCGCCGACGCAUACCGCGUCAAGGCGUUGCGGAGCCGCAAGGACUUCUGGGGCCGAGUCUAUGUCCUGUUUGACGGCGCCCAGGGCUGGAUCCUGAGCGCCCUCGUCGGCUUUAUUAUUGCCGUCCUUGCCUACAUCAUCAAUGUCAGCGAGGCCACCGCCUUCGACUUCAAGGAGGGAUACUGUGCCAGGGUCUGGUAUCUCAGCGAGAAGAAGUGCUGCCCCCACGGCCGCUGCACCGACUGGCACGACUGGGCCGAGGUCCUCAAUGGUUAUCCCUUCGGUCAGAAGUGGACCGAGUACGCGGUCUAUGUGGGCUGCGUCAUUGGCUUGGCCGCCCUCUCGUGCCUGCUCACCCUGACGACCAAGACGGUCGUGCCGUCGGCCUACCGCUUGUCGACUCUAGAUGAGAACCUGGCCGCUGAGUCGGUGCUCGUGGCGCCUGAGAAUGACGCUUACGAGCCCAGCAUCAGCCCCCAGCACGUCGUCGAGGAGCCCGGGUCGCCUCCAAUGAUCUACUACUCGGCCGCUGGUAGCGGCGUUGCCGAGGUGAGGGUCAUUUUGAGCGGCUUCGUGCUCCAUGGUUUCUUGGGCCUCAAGACACUCAUCAUCAAGUCUGCCGGCCUGGUUCUGAGUGUCGCUUCCGGCCUCAGCCUGGGCAAGGAGGGCCCCUACGUCCACAUUGCGACGUGCGUUGGCAACAUUGCCUGCCGUCUCUUCUCAAAGUACGACCGCAAUGAUGCGAAGCGCCGUGAGGUUCUCUCGGCAGCUGCCGCCGCCGGUGUUGCCGUGGCUUUUGGCGCUCCUCUGGGAGGCGUGCUGUUUGGCCUCGAGGAAGUUGCUUACUUCUUUCCAGCCAAGACGCUGUUCCGUACCUUUUUCUGCUGUAUCACCGCCGCGCUAACGCUGAAAUUCUUGAAUCCGUAUGGAACCCACAAGAUUGUCAUGUUUGAGGUCCGGUACCCCCUUGACUGGGAGUACUUUGAGCUUGGCGGGUUCAUUCUGGUCGGAGUGCUCGGCGGCACGGCCGGUGCUUUGUUUAUCAAGGCCUCGCGCCGCUGGGCCAAGACGUUCCGUCGGAUCCCGACCAUCAAGGCCUACCCCAUGCUAGAGGUUGUCUUUGUCGCUCUCGUGACGGGCCUUGUUGGAUACUGGAAUGUAUUGACCAAGCUACCCGUUGCGAAGCUGCUGUACAACCUGGCUGCGCCCUGCGAUGACCGGGAUAACAACCUGGAAAAUCUGGGUCUUUGCCCCGAGGAACUCGACGACAUACCUCCCAUCAUCCUCAACCUUCUGAUGGCAUUCCUCAUCAAAGGGCUGCUGACAAUUGUCACGUUUGGAAUCAAAGUUCCAGCGGGAAUUUAUGUACCGUCCAUGGUCGUCGGCGGCCUCAUGGGUCGUUUGAUAGGACAUGUUGUGCAGUGGAUGGUCAUGGCUUUCCCAAGCUAUGGGGUCUGGAGCUCUUGUGCCAAGUUGCCCGGGACAUGUAUACAGCCUGGCGUGUACGGUCUCGUCGCUGCCGGCUCUACCAUGUGCGGCGUCACUCGCCUCUCAGUCACCCUUGCGGUCAUUCUUUUCGAGCUUACCGGGAACCUGGAUUAUGUCUUGCCGUUCUCAUUGGCUAUCUUGGUUGCAAAAUGGACAGCCGAUGCCAUCGAGCCUCACAGCAUCUACGAUCUCCUUACGGAAAUGAACUCGUAUCCAUUCUUGAGCAAUAAACACAAGCCCAUCUUCACCUCUGAUCUGGCUGAUAUCGUGCCAAGAGUCCGCAAGGGGAGGAUCAUCGACAUAACCAACUCGCCUGUAGUCCCGGCAGUCAGCCUGCGAACCAAGCUUGAACUCCUGCAUAAGGCUGGCGAGCUUGAUGGCGGUCUGCCGAUCGUCCGAGAUGGCUUUCUUGUCGGUCUGAUUCCUGCGCCUGAUCUCGAGUUUGCGCUGGACAACCUCGUCGACGAGGCUUCCAGUCUUUGCCUGAUGGCACACGUCCCCAGGAUAGACGACUCGGAUGAUGGGCUUCCUGACCCGACUGAUUUCACGCCCUUCAUUGACCCUGCACCCGUUGCGCUGGAUAUUCGAUCGCCAAUGGAUCUCGUGUACGAGUGCUUUGUCAAGCUGGGGUUGCGGUACAUUUGCAUCCUGCGCGACGGCCGGUAUGCCGGCAUGACACACAAGAAGACUUUUGUCAAAUACAUUCGCGAACUAGAAAAAGAGCAGAGAACGUGA